GCGUAGUAAGACGCUGCCGAGCAGCUAUAAAAGCGGAGCGCAGAAGAGACGGGAAGCAUCAGCACCGCCGGAGCCGGACCGAGAACAGUAGCAUCCUUCAUCCUCAUCACCAAACAAAUCCUCAGCAAACAUGGUUCUGAUCUGGACCCAGUUCGGAGUGAAGCACAAAAAUGUCAAUGUCAAGUGCAAAGUGCGAGUGAUGCACAGAGGAGACAGCUCCGGAUCAUCUUCCUCAGCGGAGAGCGUCAAAUCUGAGCCGGGCACACCCUGUCUGACCGCCAAACCCACCGGCAAGGACUUCUACAAAGUCCUCGGCGUGGCCCAAGACUCCAACGAAGACGAAAUUAAGAAGGCCUACAGGAAGUUGGCGCUCAAGUUCCACCCGGACAAGAACAGCGACGCAGAUGCGGAGGACAAGUUCAAAGAAAUCGCAGAGGCUUACGAGGUCCUGAAUGAUCCCAAGAAGAGGAGCAUCUAUGACCAGUUUGGAGAAGAAGGUCUUAAAAACGGGAUGUCUGGCAAAGUUUUCCGCAAUAAUUUCCAGAGUGAUCCCCAAUCCUCCUUCUUCCAUGGCUCCGACCACUUCGACAUCUUCUUCGGCAAUGACUUUGAUGGUGACGAAGACCUCUUCAACCCCUUCAGGCAGUUCCCCUUCAGCCACGUGGGCGGCUUCACCAGCUACGACUGCGGGCUGCGGCGUGGCAGGCGGCGCCUGCAGAGCAAGGCCGUGCUGCACGACCUCCUGGUCACUCUGGAGGAGGUCAUGCAUGGCUGCACCAAGCACGUGAAGAUCUCCCGCCGCCGCCUCAACGCCGAUGGUCGCAGCCUACGAUCUGAGGACAAGGUCCUGAAUGUGGUGGUGAAGAAAGGGUGGAAGGCCGGGACAAAGAUCACCUUCCCGAGAGAAGGAGACGAGUCGCCCGACAACACUCCUGCAGACAUCACCUUCGUCCUCAAGGACCAGGAGCACCCGCAGUACAAGAGAAGCGGCUCCAACAUCGUCUACACUGCCCAGAUUACUCUUAAAGAGGCUCUCUGUGGCUGCACUGUCAACGUCCCAACGCUGGACAACCGCAUGAUGCCUUUGCCGUGCAGCGACGUCAUCAAGCCCGGGGCCAUUCGGCGACUGAGGGGCGAGGGCUUGCCUCUGCCCAAGAGCCCGUCGAAGCGCGGCGACCUGGUGGUGGAGUUCCAGGUGGUCUUCCCGGACCGUAUCCCACCACAGUCGAGAGAAAUCAUCAAGCACAGCCUGGGUCAGUGCUAGGCCACUUGCUCCGAGCGUCUGCUGGAUUCACUGACCAAGCCUUGUCCACGGUGCUAAUACCACAACCAAUCACAACCUCAAAUUGUGUUUGGAAGCUGACAAGCUUGAGCUGUGAGCAUCACGCACAACAACUCUGGUGCCACACACACAGCAAUGAUUUUAACUGUUAUACCUGCAAACACCAACAGCAGAAUACCAGUGUGCUAUUCAAGUCUGUAUAGACUUUCCUUAAACAUGAACCGUGGGAAACUUGAUCAAAGUCAUAUGGUACUCAUAUGACUGACUUUUGCAUUGAUUUCUUACAGUAGCCACAUGCACUUGUGUACAAAGAUCUACUUUGUGUGCAAAACGCUAAAAUGUUGUCUCUAAGAGAGAUCUUUGGUUUAAAUGUUCUAUUGAAUUAUUUGAAAUCUCUGUAAAUAUACUCUGCAUUUAUUGAGCCUUUCAUGUAUAUUUCAGAUAUAUUUGCAAGC